AGGAACCUAGUGAAGCCACUCCCUCCCGGCUCGCGCUCACGGCCACCUCCGCCACUCUCUCUCACUGCCUGCCUUUCACGAGGUGACGUGCGCGCCCUAGCCUCGGCUGCCGCCAGACUCCUGUUGCCCAGGCUCGCGCUGGCUGCGCCCGCCCUGCGCACGCGCUCUUCCCUGUAGCUGUAGAAAGAAAAGGAGGAGCGCUAAGGAGCGUUGCAUUUCCUUCCGGUUUUUUUAAGUCUUUCUCUGAGAAGGGUGCGGGAGUGCGGCAAAGAGCCAAUAGGAGCGCGCAGACCUUUCUGGCGGGUUUCAUCUGGCCAUGUCAUUCUGCCCUUCUGAUGCUGCAUAUGGUUGACACAGCCUGCUUCACUGUUACUCAGAAGACUCUAAUGUUGCCUGUUCUCCAGCUGAUCAUAUCCUGUCUGGGCUCUUCUGACCUUGCUAAUUUUCUUAAGACAUUUUGUCAGAAGCUCAGCUUGUGAAUGAUCAAUCUGUGGUCCUGCAGAGAGGACUUUCAUUUCUGAAUGCUCGCCACAUGCACAGAAACGGAAGAAGAGGCCCCUUCACUGUUAUGGGGCUUGAAUCCUAUCUUUUCAGCCUUUGCAAGACUGUACGUUAAAGACAUACAAGAAAUGAAAGAGUCUAAACAGGUUCCAGGUAUAUUCUUUUACAAUCGACAUCCAAUAAGACGGGUAGAUAUUCUUGGAACUGUGGUUCUGGCCAAAGAGCGGGAUGCCUUUCAUAUUUAUGGAGUGGAUGACAGCACAGGAGUUAUAAGCUGCAUUUGCUGGAAAAAUCCUGCAGCAGAGGAGUCAGCUUUUGAGUGUCUGCCUAGUACCUCAAGUAACCUGGAUCUACUUGGACAGAUAAGGAAACUCCAAGACGUUAUUCACAAAAAAACUAAGCUGCAGAUCGGUGAUACAGUCAGGGUCCGUGGUUGCAUUCGAAUCUACAGACAGCAGCGUGAAAUCAAGGCCUUCAUGUAUUAUAAAGUCGAUGAUCCGGUGUGUGAUGCUCAGAUUUCACGGAUGCUAGAACUUCCUCGUCUCUACAGAGAUGUUUAUGAUAAACCAUUCCAGUUCCCAGAAGAGGGACAGAGAGUUCAAGGUGCUACAGAUGUGUUGGGCUCCAUUCCUCUACUGAGUGAAAAAAUAAGACACUUCUUAUUGGGAAACAAAAUUCAAAGCUUCUAUCAGCAGGAGUUGGAAACAGUGGAGUCUUUGGUAUUGCUGGUCAAGCAGGGUGGACCCAGUACUCCUGCUGAGGAAACAGAUUCUAAAGCCAGUCUCUGCUUCAGACGGAUUAGGAACUCCUUUGUAGAAGCAAUAAAGCUGUUGCAGGAAAAGGGUGUUCUGUUCCAGAAAUCAAAGAAUCCCAAGGAUGUGUAUUAUGUGACUGAGCAGGAUAGAGAAUUGCACCGAGUGACCCUUGAAGUCAUCAAAGCUGAUUGUAAGAGGCCAAAGUAUGCUGAAAAGGGCUGCCAUCUCCGUCACAUUCUCAGUUGCGUUCAGCUGAGCUACAGUCCUUAUGUCACACAAGCAGUGAUCCGUUGCCUUCUGGACUGGAUGGAGACCAACAGCGACAUUGUCACUACCAUGGAAGAGUACUACACUGUCUUCUAAGGCAAGAGAUGCCAUGGACUUCUAAAAAUCAAGCUUUACCCACUGGGCACAAUCCAGAAGAACUCCUGUGGCACCAAAGACUUGGGUGUGAUGCUACUCUAAAUGAUAAAAGAGUGGGGAUAGGGGAAAGAACGAUGAUCUUGAACACCCUAUUUAUUUUGUUUCAUCCUAUGUGUCAAAAAAUAUAAUUGUCAUUUGGUUUCAAGCUAUUUUUAAUGCUCCAAGUUCUAAGCAGCAGGGACUUCUUAAAAUGGAAAGCUAUUAUGUUGUGAAUGCCCUCUGGUGGUUGGAGAGAAGAUGAAAUUUUGUAGCUUGCAGCUAAGCCUCACAGUCCAAUGAACAAAAACUACAUGAAGGAAAUGAGUAGUGCGAAUGCUUUUGGAACUUCUUUCUCAGACUUUUGCGCUCUUUAUUUCAGCCCUUCAGACUUGUAAGUCUUAGACUGUUGUGUCGUGCAGGAACUAGUUAUGAGUAUGUUUUGCAAACAGCCAUAUAAAUACUGGCCCACAUGCUGUACAGCAGUACAAGGGCAUAAAAAGGUCAAGAAAGAGACCAGCAAAGGCUUGUUUUUCAGCCCUGCAUGCAGGGAGGGAGAAGUUGCUGCCAGGAGGAGAGGUUUAGAUUUGUUUGGCACUGGGAUACAUUUUGGGGCAAGCAAGGCCUGUAUUAAAGGGGUGAGCUGCACUUGAACCAAGAUGGAACCAGACUGCUCGUGCUUAAAAUAAAAAAAGGUUGCAGAGCAGCUUUUAAAAUGACACCUGGGGAAUAGCCAACAGGAGCUGGACAGUAUCCGGUUCGGCAGAUGCCGUCCUUUAAAGUGCAAAGGUGUAAAGGAUUCUGAUAAAACAGAAGGGGACAGAGCAGAACCACAUAUAUAGCAGACAGAACGCUGUGCCAGCUGGUCAAAGAGUCAAAAGAAAGAUAGCAGACACCAGGGAAGAGAUUCAGCUUAUAGGUAUUGUAUGCCAAUGCCAGAAGCCUCCAAGCCAAGAUGGGUCAGCUGGAGUGCUUGGUUGCUAACACAGAAAUUGAUAAAGUGGGCAUAACAGGAACAUGGUAGAACAGUGAGAACCAGUGGGACACUGUCAUCCCUGGAUAUAAACUCUAUAGAAAGGACAGAGAGGGGUGCCUUGGAGGUGGAGUAGCACUGUAUAUUAAAGAAGGCAUAGAAUCUAACAAGCUAGAAAACCUAGGAGGACUGGAGACCUCCACAGAAACCCUGUGGGUGAAGUUUAAUAAAGGCCUAAACAGAAAUGUGCUACUGGGGACGUGCUGUCGCCCUCCGGAUCAAAACGCUGACAGUGACUGGGAGUUGCAGCAGGAAAUCAGGGGGGCUUCAAGGAGAGGCAGGGCAGUAAUAAUGGGUGACUUCAAUUACCCACACAUAGACUGGGUAAAUUCACAGUCAGGUAAUGUCAAAGAGGUCAAAUUUCUAGAUACGCUGAAUGACUGCGCCCUAGAACAGUUGGUCUUAGAACCAACCAGAGAUAAGGCGACCUUGGACUUAAUCCUGAGUGGCACCCAGGACCUGGUGUGGAAUGUCAGUGUCAUCGACCCUUUAGGGAACAGUGACCAUAGUGUGAUCAAAUUCAGCAUACAUGUGGGGAGAGAAUCACCAAAGAAGUCUAACAAAAUAACAAAAACUUAUUUAAAUACAUCAGAAGCAGGAAACCUGCCAGGGAGGCAGUUGGACGGUUGGAUAAUGAGGGAGAGAAAGCGAUUAUUAAGGAGGAUAUGGAGGUUGCAGAGAAGCUAAAUGAGUUCUUUACGUCUGUCUUUACGGCAGAGGAUACUGAGCAUAUACCUGUUCCUGAAACUCCAAUCUUUGAUCUCUCCAAACUGGAUGAGUGGGCGACAAAAUGGCAAAUGUGGUUCAAUGUUGGCAAGUGUCAAGUGAUGCAUAUUGGGACAAAAAACUCAACUUCCAGUAUACGUUGAUGGGAUCUGAGCUGUUGGUGAUUGACCAGGAGAGGGAUCUUGGGGUCAUGGUGGACAGCUCGUUGAAAGUGUCAACUCAAUGUGAAAAAGCUGUGAAAAAGGCCAAUUCCAUGCUAGGGAUCAUUAGGAAGGGGACUGAAAAUAAAACUGCUAAUAUUAUAAUGACCUUAUACAAAAUGACGGUGCGGCCACACUUGGACUACUGCUUACAAUUCUGGUUUCCACAUCUUAAAAAAGGACAUUGUAGAACUGGAAAAGGUGCAGAAGAGGGCAACCAAGAUGAUCAGGGGCUUAGAGCACCUGGGCUAUUUAGUUUAGAAAAAAGACGACUGUGGGGAGACAUGAUAGAGGUCUAUAAAAUCAUGCAUGGUGUGGAGAAAGUGGAUAGAGAGAAAUUCUUCUUCCUCUCACAUAACACUAGAACCAGUGGUCAUCCCAUGAAAUGAUUGCCGGGAAAUUUAGGACCAGCAAACGGAAGUAUUUUUUCACAAAACGCAUAAUCAACUUGUGGAAUUCUCUGCCACAAGAUGUGGUGACAGCCAACAACCUGGAUGGAUGACUUUAAGAAGGUUUUGGAUAACUGCAUGGCGGAGAGGUCUAUCAACAGGUACUAGUCAGAGGGCUAUAGGCCACCUCCAGCCUCAAAGGCAGGAUGCCUCUGAGUACCAGUGGCAGGGGAGUAACAGCAGGAGAGAGGGCAUGCCCUUAACUCCUGCCUGCAGGCUUCCAGCGGCAUCUGGUGGGCACUGUGUGAAAUAGGAUGCUGGACUAGAUGGGCCUUGAGCCUGAUCCAGCAGGGAUGUUCUUAUGUUCUUAAGUGAUUUUCACUUAUCUCCCUGCAAAAGCCCUUUUUAUUUAUUUAUUUAUUCGAUUUUUAUACCGCCUUUCCGGAAUGGCUAAGGGUGGUUUACAAUUAAAAACAGAAACCAUUAAAACCAAUAACAAAAUAGAGAUAUAAAUAUUAACACCAAUUAAAACAUCCUAAAAACCAAUUAAACUAUCAUAACAAUUAAAACCCUGAAAACCAGGUUAGCAUUAAAACAAUUAAAACUAAUUAAAAACCCCAAAAGGCCAGGCCAAACAGAUGGGAUUUAAGGGCUCUCUUGAAGGUCAGUAAGGAAUUAAGAUUACGAAUUUCUGCUGGGAGUGCAUUCCACAGCCCGGGAGCAGCUACAGAGGAGGCCAGCCUCUGAGUCGCCAUCAAACGAACCGGUAGUAACUGGAGAUGGACCUCCUCGGAUGACCUUAACGUGCGGUGGGGAUCAUGUAAAAGAAGGCACUCUCUAACAUAUCUCGGACCCAAGCCGUUCAGGGCUUUAAAGGUAAUAACCAGCACUUUGUAUUUUGCCCGGAAACAUAUCGGCAGCCAGUGUUAUUGUUUCAAGACAGGCAUCAUAUGGUCUCUCCAGGUUGCCCCAGAGACCAAUCUGACUGCAGCAUUCUGAACUAGCUGAAGUUUCCGGACUACAUACAAAGGCAGCCCCACAUAGAGUGCAUUGCAAUAGUCAAGUCGGGAGGCUACCAGCUGAUGCACCACUGUUUUGAGGUCAUCCUCUUCGAGGAAUGGGUGCAGCUGUCGAAUCAGACGAAGCGGAUAGAAAGCACUCCUGGCCAUGGCCUCCACCUGAGAUACCAGGGUGAGGCCUGGGUCCAGGAGUAUUCCCAAGCUGUGCACCUGCUCCUUCUGGGGGACUGUAACCCCAUCUUUUGCUGCUAGAAAUACGUCCCUGAGGGUCACAUAGCCAAAAGUCACCACCCGCCCCUCCCACACAGCAAGGCUCCAGCUCUCCUCUUGCACUCAUACUACUGAGUAGCACAUGGGCUGCUCUUCACUAGUGAUCUUGCAAGCCUUGGGAAUUGUAUCAAAGAUCACAUUAUUCACAUCUCUAAAGGAAUCGCGUAUUUAAAUAUCUAAUUCAGACACUCACAUCUUAUUUUAACCUCUGCUAACUUGGCAAAGAGGCACCUUUUAAUGUGGUGAUUCUCUUUAUUUAGCAGGGGGAGAGUAAAUGGCCCUAUCCACCCCCAGCACAGUAUUUCCAGUGACUGUUGCUGGGGUCUAUCUUAUGUUUCUUUUUAGAUUGUGAGCCCUUUGGGGACAGGGUUCCAUCUUAUUUGUUCGUUAUUUCUCCAUAUAAACUGCUUGUAAGGGCAGUAUAGAAAUCAAAUGAAUUUUAAGUGCUGCAUACUUUUUUUUGUGCCUACUGUGUACUGGAAACGUAUGUGUGCUCCUUAAAUGGCAGACGUUUGUAUACUCAUUCCUUUUGUAUAUUUGGGAGAAAAUCUGCCAUAAAACGAUGGUACUCUUGUUUCCUUUA